AGAGUGAGGGAGAGAGUAGGAGGAGUAUCUUUACAUCUUUACAUCUUUACAUCUUUACGUCUCCAAUACUCUUACAGAAGAGUACCUCUUCUAGGUAAGAGACAGGGUAAGAAAGCGAAGGCCUGAAGACCAACGAUCUGAGACUGAAUGACCAUGGCCGUCUCCGCACCUCCGGUGAUCUCUGCAACUUCCAGCGGCACGGGCGUCGCGGGGGGCUUAUUUAGGGCCGAACCCCUGUACUCGACCCCUGGAGAGCCUCCUCGUCUCACCCCCAAUAUGAUCAACAGUUUCAUGGCUAAUAACCACAGCGGCAGCGCGGGGGGUGGCGGGGUCGGUAGUGCCAGCGUAGGCAGCGGCAACACCAACACCAACGAGUGCAGGAUGGUCGACAUGCAUGGGGUGAAGGUAGCUUCGUUCCUGAUGGACGGCCAGGAACUGAUCUGCCUGCCGCAAGUCUUUGAUCUCUUUCUCAAGCACCUGGUGGGAGGGUUGCAUACGGUGUACACCAAGCUGAAGAGACUGGACAUAUCUCCGGUGGUGUGUACUGUCGAGCAGGUCCGGAUCCUCCGCGGGCUGGGGGCCAUCCAGCCCGGGGUCAACCGCUGCAAACUCAUCACCAGGAAAGACUUUGAAACUUUGUUCACCGAUUGCACCAAUGCCAGAAGGAAGAGGCAAAUGACAAGAAAACAAGCUGUUAACAGUUCAAGGCCUGGCAGGCCUCCUAAGCGUUCUUUGGGAGUGUUGCAAGACAAUGCUCGCCUUCUGCCCCAUUCAGUCCCAGGCCUCUUAUCACCAGGACUUAUCACUCCGACAGGUAUAACAGCUGCAGCAAUGGCUGAGGCGAUGAAGCUGCAGAAGAUGAAGCUUAUGGCUAUGAACACUCUUCAGGGAAAUGGAAGCCAAAAUGGGACCGAAUCAGAGCCUGAUGAUUUUAAUUCUAAUACAGGUGGAAGUGACUCUUCCUGGGAUAAGGAUAAGAUGCAGUCUUCUCUUGCUGCUCCUGGACCCCAACAUGGAAUUGCUCAUGCAGCCCUGGCUGGCCAGCCAGGCCUUGGAGGAGCUCAUACCCUCAAUCCACUGCAGCAGAACCACCUGCUGGCCAAUAGACUGGAUCUGCCAUUUAUGAUGAUGCCUCAUCCCCUACUUCCAGUCAGCUUACCUCCUGCAUCAGUUGCCAUGGCAAUGAAUCAGAUGAACCAUCUCAAUACUAUUGCCAACAUGGCUGCUGCAGCCCAGAUUCACAGUCCACUCUCCAGAGCUGGGGCCUCAGUUAUAAAGGAACGGAUCCCAGAGAGUCCUUCUCCUGCUCCUUCCCUGGAAGAGGGUCAUCGCCCUGGGAGCCAGACCUCCUCCCACCCCAGCAGCAGCGUGUCCAGCUCUCCCUCUCAGAUGGAUCACCAUUCGGAGAGAAUGGAAGAGGUACCCGUUCAAAUUCCAAUGAUGAAGUCACCCCUGGACAAGAUCCAACUGACUCCUGGGCAGGCAUUGCCUCCUGGAUUCCCUGGACCAUUCAUUUUUGCUGAUAGUCUGUCCUCUGUGGAGACUCUGUUGACCAACAUUCAGGGUCUACUGAAAGUGGCUUUGGAUAAUGCUCACAUCCAAGAGAAGCAGAUUCAACAAGAAAAAAAGGAACUGCGAAUGGAGCUCUAUAGAGAGAGAGAAAUUAGAGAAAACCUUGAAAGACAACUCGCAGUUGAGCUUCAAAGUAGAACUACCAUGCAAAAGCGCCUGAAGAAGGAGAAAAAAGCAAAGAGAAAACUACAAGAAGCCUUGGAAUUUGAAUCAAAGCGAAGGGAGCAAGUGGAGCAAGCACUUAAGCAAGCCACUACUAGUGACAGUGGAUUGAGGAUGUUGAAAGAUACUGGGAUUCCAGAUAUUGAAAUAGAAAACAGUGGAACUCCUCAUGAUAGUACUGCUAUGCAAGCCUGAACACUGAUGCCGGAACUCCAACUGAUCAUAGGCACGAAUAGGGUGC